UCACAACGAAGUUUACACAUGGAAUACGUUAAGUGUAACAGUGCAUAAUAUUGUUAUGGGGCAAAUGUACGUUCAGUUGGAUGGUCGACUCCGUUUGCGGAGUAAUACGGGACUGGAAUGUAAGCUGUCUUUUAAGAACAAUGAUAGUGGGCCAACGAGACAGAGUACCUUCUUCAAGGGGCACAUAUUCAAGCUAGAGCAAAUUCUUAAAGCGGCUUACGGUAAUUGGACAUCAUUUUUUGCGACAUGUGAUGUUAAUAAUUUUAAUACAAAUUACGAUGAUUGGUUAGAAAUUGCCAAGCAGGCCUUUAACACUCAUCUAUCACAGAAAAACAUACCCCUUAUUCAAGGAUCAAAAAUUCUUUGGAAAAGCCGCCCUCGGCCAUCGAAUUCAUCAGCGAUGUACAAUUUUACGUCAUUUACAUUUCUGUUGAACGAUCCUUCCUAUAUAACGGAAAAAAUAGCUUCAACAGACAGGGCGGCUGAGAAUGAAAAAGAGCGCUUGGAAGUGAAACAGAGGGAAGCUCGUGCGCUGAUGAAGAAAACUCAGGAGAAAUUGCCAAAGUGGUUUGUGAAGCAACACAGAAAAUCAAAAGAUGAAUUGUUGUGGAUUUUUACUGGCACAUACUGGAAUCGUGAAUUUGAUGGCUGCGAAGAUAUUUACUGAAG